AUGUCCUCCUACAAGCGCUCCCGCGCGACUUUCGAAUCGGAUCAGCAUGCGCCGUACGCCGUCUUUGGAACGCCGUUGCCGGACGAAAUCGAGGCUCGCGACGAUGGAUCCUAUCUACCUCUCUGGAAGCAAGAUGUCCGAGAUGAACAAGGUAGAAAAAGGCUACAUGGAGCUUUUACAGGGGGCUUCAGCGCUGGGUACUUCAACACAGUCGGUUCGAAAGAAGGCUGGACGCCUUCCACCUUCGUAUCAAGCCGCAGUAAACGAAAUAAAUCCGAUCAGCGAACCAUUGAAGAGCGGGCGCAAGACUUUAUGGAUGAUGAAGAUUUGGCAGACGCCGCCGAGGCGCAGCAGCUCAAGAGCACACAAGCAUUUGCUGGCUUUGGAUCCUCUGGUGAUUUCCAAGGAAAUUCUGGCGGCUUGGCGGGCCUGCUCAAGACGGACGGCGAUACCAUGGGAUUGAAGCUGCUGCGUAAAAUGGGUUGGAAGGACGGACAAGGAAUAGGACCAAAGGUGCGACGGACAGCACGGCUGGAAAGCAGCAUGUCGUCAAAAGCAGACGAUUCCACCUAUUUAUUUGCGCCUGAUGACACAGACAUGAUUCGGUUCGUGCGGAAAAUAGACAGAAUGGGUCUCGGAUACCAGGGCGAAGCAAAGCUCGGUAGAUCACAACCUGAGAAUGGUAGUGAUAGGGAAGACGAAGACGAUUCUCUCGGUCCUGCGAAGAUUUCGCCUUCAAGAUCCAGGUCAAAGGACAAACCCAAAGCGCAACGCGGUGGGAUGGGUGUGGGAAUAUUGAACGACAAUGGCUCAGACGACGAAGAUCCAUACGAAAUGGGACCCAAUAUUAGCUACAAUCGCGUUAUUGGCGGCGACAAGAAAAGGAAGAAGAAAGUCACGGCAGCUGCUAACCCAUCUCUUGGUGUUGUACCUGUUUUUCUAUCAAAAGGGUUUCGCGCCGGUAAGAACUUGCGUCGAUGCCACGAUGGCCGAUUGCCCCUUGACGGCUUCGUGCUGGCGAAGAUGAUAGACGACUUGACGGCACUUUCGUCCAAGUAUGCGCCGCCUGAGGUUCCCGAGGGAUGGACUUGGACGAAAUCAGCGACAUGCCAAUCUGGAAGCAACGCCUACCAAUCUACAGCAGAUGCAUCAAAGGAGUCGACGUUGGACCCCAAAUCGAGGGCAGCCAUCUUGGGUGAAAGGGCGCUGCCAGGCAAGUCGGUUUUUGACUUUCUAUCUUCUUCUGCGCGAGAUCAGCUUGCGAAGGCUUCUGGCAAGACCAACCUUCCUCCUGGUCUGGGAGAGGUGCCGGCUGAGUAUGCGUUGACGGAAGAAGAGAAAUCGAAGGCACUCUGGGAGCAGGUACCCAAGGUGGACAAAGACACUGCAAUUGCGGCGAUAGCGAGAGGGUCUUCUGGCCCGUAUGCCGACGACGAGCGCAAGAGGGAGCGGUAUCGGGCCUACCUGGAGCAUGGCGCAAACCAAGAUCGUCCGUUGCCGACUAGACUUGUAGGUCUUUCAGACGACGACUACCUACGAGAGAUGACGGAAUUUUACAAUUGUGCUCGAAUAUUCAAGCCGAUGACGGGGUUUAUGGCAUCCCGGUUUACCACGGCAAAGACGCAACCAGGCACUGCUGAUGGCAAGAGCAGCGACGUCGUGUCGCAACCAGGGCCGGAGGUCACGGACCCUGCUGAGGACGCGGCCAAGGUUGGCAUGUACGGCAAGCUGACGCGAUCGGUGCGGGAUUUCUACCCCAGUCGGCUCUUGUGCAAGCGAUUCAACGUUCGAGCGCCGGCUCAUUCGCAACCGAACGAUGAGGCAGACAGUGGCAGGUCAAAAGCUGCUCCUCAUGAGCCAAGCCAGCUGCUGCUGACUUCUGGGGGCGUAGACACGGCUCCUGAACCGCCGAGCGACGCACACAUUCCUGCAGUCAAUGUAAAGGCCGAGCCAGCAAAAAUCAAUCCAGAAACGAAUGAUGCAGUCGAAGCCAGCGCCGCAAGCCAGGACCUACUCAAGGCGGAAUCUGGAACUGGACCUUUAGCGUCCCCGGAGUCAGUUGAGACUUUGGUGCACCGCGAGCGCCGCGCCGCCGCCCAUCACGAGAGUGCCAGCAAACGACCGCCUUCCAUCGCUGAUCACGAAGUCGUCGAGCACUCGCCACCCCCGCCGCAAUACCCCGUUUCCGAACCUUCGUCUUCGUCCCGGCCGCCGCCUUUUUCGUCGCUCUUUGCGUCGGUAGAGCUCCCAGAGCGACCUUUGCGCAAGUUCCAUCCCACCGUCGCCUGCGAAGAAGCCAUAGCGUCAGGCUCCGUCGCUGCGCCGGCCUACUCGUCCAGCCUCGAAGAGUCUACCCCGUUUGACCCCGACCAGGGCACAGGACGAGCAUUUCAGGACCCCGUUCAGGAGACCAAACGCGCUCUCCCCAGCGAUACCAAGGCCGAAUCUAGCGGCAAGGACGACGACACUGAACCGCCACCGGCAUAUACUGAAGGAGACAGCCCUCUUCAAUCCUUUACAUUUCUAAUGGCUGCCGCCGGAGGAACAUCGAGUAUUAUUACUCAGGUCCAACAGGGUGGACCGCCCAUCAACUCAAUUGGAGAUGUCGGCGCUGAUGAGACUAUUGUGAUGGACCUUCGUGGUACCAGAUUUGUGCUGACCAGAGAUGAACUGCUUACUCUCCCCGAAUUUGUGUUGCUAUCUCUCUUCCCCAAUGGCCUAUUCCCGGAAGGCCACAUGGGUGGUCCUAACGAUGACGCGGUGCAAGUCGACUAUGACCCCGUGUCACUUCAAUACAUGCUUGGCUUCUUCCGUGAUGUUGCGCAGUCGAUACCCAUUGACUCGGAGGCGACUUCCAACGAUGGAGAUUCACACGGACUGGAUUCUCGUGACGAUGCAUCCAAGCGUGCUGGCAUCAUUGUUCUGAGGGAAGACCUUGACUUUUAUGUCAUUCCUCCCAAGGCAGAUAUUACACACGAAGACAUGAUCAAAGUCAAGAGAGCGGCUGCGCAGUCACUUCAGAAGCAAGAUGGCAUCUUUUCUGGAUUGAAACGCAGCGACGAGCCUGGAACCACUGAGGCGCAUCUUAUUGAGAUGCUCACUGCUGGUGGUUUCAACCAUGACGACUGCUGGGGCCACAGAGCCGGCGAGCCUAACAAGGCGGUAAUUUGCAGCCUGGCGCUGACCCGGCUAAGAAGUGAUAUCCGCGGCAGCGACCUGGGUAAUAAUGCGAUGGGCAUGGCUCAAAAACUGCUGCUGUUUUGGCGCAAGCCGGCGAGACGAUGCUGGUGGGAGGGCAUCGAGCUGGACAAUGUCGACGGCGUCCAGGGCCAACUCAAGGUUUGGAUCCGACGCGUAUGGACGCUGGAAAUGUCUGUGAUUGGACUCAGGUGA